UGUCAGAAAAUGGCGAAUCGCACGGUGAAAGAUGCUCAUAGUGUGAAGGGGACGAAUCCACAAUAUUUAGUGGAAAAGAUAAUCAGAUCACGAAUAUAUGAGUGUAGAUACUGGAAGGAAGAAUGUUUUGCUCUAAGUGCCGAACUUCUUGUGGACAAGGCGAUGGCGCUCACUUUUGUUGGAGGAAUUUAUGGAGGCAAUGUCAAACCAACGCCAUUCCUGUGUUUAACUCUUAAAAUGCUGCAGAUUCAGCCAGAAAAAGAUAUUAUCGUAGAAUUUAUUAGAAAUGAAGACUUUAAAUAUGUCAGAUGUCUUGGAGCACUUUACAUGAGACUAGUCGGCAAUGCAUUAGACUGUUUUAAGUAUCUUGAACCACUUUACAAUGACUACAGAAAAAUUAAAAUCAUGAAUCGUUCUGGAAAAUAUGAAUUAUCCCAUGUUGAUGAGUUUAUUGAUGAAUUACUUCAUGAGGAAAGACUCUGUGAUAUCAUUUUGCCAAGAAUUCAAAAGAGAUACGUGCUUGAAGAUACCAAUCAGCUGGAACCAAGGAUUAGUGCAUUGGAAGAUGACUUAGAUGACAUUGAAGAAAGUGAAGAUGAAAUAGAAGCAGAUGAAAAACGAAGUCCGUCACCAGAAAUCCAUCAUAGCUAUCGUGACUUAGAUAAACCGAAGAGAAGUCCGUCUCCUAAAUACAGAAGAAGUAGAUCACCACACAGGAGGAAGAGCAGAAGCUUAUCACCGAGAAGAGAUAGUCAUCGUCGUCGUAGUCGAAGUCCUCGAAGACGACGUAGUAGAUCAAGGGAAAGAAGACACAGAUCACCUGGCCACAGACAUAGAGAUGAAGACCGCCAUAGAGAUGAUGACCGUCAUCAACGUAGUCGUCAUCACCACUCUCCAUCACCAGAAGACAGACCUCGAAAACACAAGAAAAAGAAAAAGGAGAGAGACCGUGAUAGAGAGCGAGACAGUCGAAGACUAUCCGAUAAAGAUCCUGAUGUUGCAGAGGCUAAUGCUUUGAGAGCUUCUCUUGGACUACCGCCACUGAAGUAGAAAGAUGCAUACUGCUUUGAAUGUCAGUUUUAUUUUUGGGAUGUCAAUCAAUGCUAUUUUUUACAGUUUACAAAGAGUAGAAAUCACUCCAUGUUUUGUUUCUCACAUCCAUAUAAAAGAUACAUUGUAUAGCAACCUGUCAUCUGUCAUCAUACUUUGAGUUCCCAGGAUUGUGACCACGUUGUCUCACCAGGGUGCCAGUUUUUGUUUGACUGAUAUGUGGUGUCACAAGUGGGGCAUUCCAAAACAGUUUUUACUGCCACUGCUCGCAGUGCUGGGGAAGUUUGGGGACAAAUAGCGAACAACAAAAUUGAUAGGUAAAAAGGUGUUUAGGUAAUUUUUUCAAACAUAUAAAAUGCAAUUGGGUGUAUUUUUAAAAUACAUUUUACAUGAGUUUAGCUUGCAUAGCAAUGAAACCAAUACGAUCACAUGACACUACUCCCCCAGAUUACGUUUGUGUAAACUACGUCAUUGGGGAGCCUUUUCAUUGCCACGGAUCACUAUGACCACAUCACUCGGGGCACCCUAGGUGGCGAUGCGAAUGCACUCUUGGUUUCUAUAUUACUGAACAUGAGCCAGUCGUUUGUAAGAUGAUUUGUCAGUUUUUAUCAAGUUGAAUAUACAUCUGUUGUCCCCUAGAGAUGUAUUGCUAUGUUCCUGUAGGUACCAAGAUAAAUCAUAUAUUAUAUUUUGUUCUACUUUAUCACUGUGUACUUGUAUGAGGGGAGGCAAGGGGGGUAGCUGGUACGGUUUUACGGGAAAUAAAAAGGGCUUUUCACAAUGUACGAAGAAAAAAAAGACGUUUUUUUACAGUUUACAGUGUUAACAAAUGGAACAUUGAAUGGUUCAAAAGCUCUCCGACUCAAAUUCUCCGCCAUUGCUGCGCCGUGUGAAGAGACGCAUGCGCAUAUUACCCUCGUAAUGCUCUUCAUUCGGCUAGAGGGCCUUUUACGUCUUGACAUUCAAUUUUGUAGUGAAUUGUGUCAUCUAGUCGUUUUACAGUUUCUAAAAUGUAAUUUCCCUGGAUUAUUCUUUACGAUUUUUUAUUUGGAUGUGAAUUUUUGUACGUACGAGAAAAAUGACACAUUUUUACAGUGUACGAACAAAAUAUUUGAUUGAUUGCGUUGUACGUCUAGCCUGUGAUUACAGAAUUACGGAAUUUAUUUUUUCUAUUUACGUUGUACGAACAAAAAAAUAUUGCAAUUACGUUGAACGAAAAUAACCCUUGCCCCCCCUCUUGUAUGGAUGAAAAAAACACAGUAAACUUUCAACAUGGAUGCCUACACCACAAAAUCAAUGUUCAGUAUAAAACUGAGGCUCAUUUACUAAAAUAUCUACGGAUAAAAAAAUUACAUAUUUCUGAUGACAAAAAGUGUAUCAAUGUAGAUUGAUCCCUUCUUUGCUUGUGUUACAUUAUCACCUCUCAAAAGCUAUCAUCUCCCAGACUACAACCAUGUUAAUUUGAAGCGAUAUUAUUCCUGUUUAUUAGCUCCUUCUGUAUAUUUGUCCCACUGCCAGUCCUUUGAUACCACGACCACAUUGGUGCGUACUGUAACUGUUUGUUUACCAGGUCAAAAUCAGACAAAAUCAUAUUCAUCAAUUCUAUUUAUUGAUGAAUAUGAGAUUUGUUAAAAAAAAAACAUAUAGCUCAACAAUGUAUGAGGGAAAUGCAUUAUUUGCACAUUCAAAUUCCUCCCAAACUGUUGACGUAUGAAAAGAAUAUUCAUGUGAUAAACAUCAUGGUAGGUUUGUUUUUAACAUCGUUAAUUCACAAUUGAGAUUUUUUUAAUUAUAAAUGAGGUUAAAGACUCUAUAUCUUGAUCUGAACGCAUGCAAUGCGAUUUUUACCCUUUUUUUGGCACCAAAAUGAAUAUGCUGGCAGUCAUUGCGCCGAUACCAUGUAAAACAGAUGGUGUUUUUUUGUGCACCUCUUGAAACAUUGGGAGAGUAAACAUUGGCUUGUCUGAAUUAAAGACACUCCACAUCAUAUUGGAACUUUAUUUUGAAUAAUUACAUCCAAGAUAGGGAACAAUUCUGAUUUUUGUGGGGGUAAGUUGCUUGCUACUCCUUAAUUCCUACCGCCUGAAUGCUAACACAUGGUGUUCAAAACUGUAUUUAUUUCUGAUAUCAUGUGCCAAUGAGUACUUUGUUAUGAGAUGUAGAUCAUUAUUUCCUUUUUACAAUUAAACAAUUCAAAUAAACUU